GCCCGCCGGCGGCAGUACUUGUGCGCGGCGGUACGUCCCUCUGUGCACGCUGGCCUGCGCUUGGACGGCGAGGCGGUUCUGGAGAGACCUGAGGUUAGAGGCGCGGUGCCAUGUUACCCUACGCGGCGUGCAGCGCUAGCCGGAGGCUGGCCCCGGCUUUGGGGCUCCUGGGCGUACGGCAGAAGCACAGCCUCCCCGACUUGCCCUACGACUAUGGGGCCCUGGAGCCGCACAUUAACGCCCAGAUCAUGCAGCUGCACCACUCCAAGCACCACGCAGCCUAUGUGAACAAUUUGAACGCCACCGAGGAGAAGUACCAGGAGGCGCUGGUCAAGGGAGAUGUUACGACUCAGGUCGCUCUUCAGCCUGCACUGAGGUUCAAUGGUGGAGGUCACAUCAAUCACACCAUUUUCUGGACGAACCUGAGCCCUAAUGGUGGUGGAGAACCUAAAGGGGAAUUACUGGAAGCCAUCAAGCGUGACUUUGGUUCCUUUGACAAGUUUAAGGAGAAGCUGACAGCUGUGUCCGUUGGCGUCCAAGGCUCUGGGUGGGGCUGGCUUGGUUUCAAUAAAGAGCAGGGGCGCUUACAGAUUGCUGCCUGUUCUAAUCAGGAUCCGCUGCAAGGAACAACAGGUCUUAUUCCACUGCUGGGGAUUGACGUAUGGGAGCAUGCUUAUUACCUUCAGUAUAAAAAUGUUCGACCUGAUUAUCUAAAAGCUAUUUGGAAUGUAAUCAACUGGGAGAAUGUAACUGAAAGAUACAUGGCUUGUAAAAAGUAAAUCAUCAGGGCUGGGGAUUUAGCUCAGUGGUCCUGCCUGGCUCACAAGCACAAGGUCCGAGUUUGAUCCCUGGUACAAAAAAAAGUAAAUCAUCAGUAUACUAAGUGUUAAGCUCUUUAUGACUAUUUUUAUAAUAGUGUAGCGUACUGCAAUAUACUAGUAACCUGCUAUAUUGUAGCAUUUAUUGAUGUUGCUUAUUCACAUGCUUGAUAAUUUAAUGUUAUGAAUAAUUUAUUUUUAAAUUUUGUUAUUAAGCAACUUUGAAAAUAGUACUUUGUGUGAUUUAGUCUUGGUUAAGUAUUUUUUUUCAGAGAGCUACAAUUGCUAGGUUAUUAUAUCAUUAUGAAACCUUCAAAAUUAUUCCAGACAGUUUUGGGGACUGUAGGGAAGCCUUUGUAAUGGUAUUCUGUUAUAGUUACAGAAAAAUCUAGUCUUUUCCCCAAUUGCUUAAUGGUAAAAUAGAAAAUGGAAUAUUUUGCUUUUCUAUUGAAGAGUGCUAUUUUCAUAAGUAAUUUUCUGGCUAGUGGUACUUUGGUAGAUAUCACCCAGUCGGCCAUAUUAUGGUCACAUGUGCACACAGUUAAUGCCAUUUUUUGUCAUUCAAAAACAUGAAACUUGUGGCUGGGAAAGUAGCUCAUUGAAAAAAGCUCCUUCUUGCUAUGCACAAAACCCUGGGUUUGAUCCUCAACACUAUAGAUAAAGCGCUCUAAAAAAACCAAUGUAACUGGAUUGUUAAUUGAAACUGCUUUAUUAUGAGGAGAUAAUUAUGCAUUUGGAUUUUUCUGGAGACAGAAAUACAAUUUCAUGUGAGUUUUGUCCUUAAACAUAGAAAUAUAUAUUGUAUAAAAAUAUUCAAGAGGGACAAAUGAGGGCCUGAGGAUUGGCAACAUCAACAGUGGGGGUGCUGGGGAUUUAGCUCAGUGGCGCUGCGCCUGCCUCACAAGUGCAAGGUCCUGAGUUCUAUCUCUGGUACUGGAAAAAGAAAAAAAAACAGUGGGGACUGGGCCACAGGGCAUUCUGCUGGGCACUUCCCCUGCUUUCAGGGCCAUUUCUGUGCAUCCUUCUCAUGAAAACGGCCUGGGCCAGGUACCCCUUCCCAGUAGAGGUAGAUAUCUGUCUCUGGAUGAUGUCAGCAGUGUGUCUCCCUCAGAACAUUUAUUUUCAGUCAUGUUCUUGAUUUAUUCUGUCCUUUGUGAUUUUUUUUUGUUUUCUUUUAAAGAA